AAUUAUUUAGUGUUUUUCGCCCAUAUUUUCUGUAUUUUUCUCUCUUAUGCUUUUCACACUUAUUAGUCUCAUUCAACAUCCAACAUUGACCUCUCUUUUCUCUCUUUCCCUAAGUCUUUGCCAUUUUCUUACUCUUCGCUCCAAAAUGUCUUCUCUUCAUGUAACAGCUACAAACUUGUUCAUAUAAUUUAUUCUUUUCUCAUUAUAUUUUACACAUUUGGAUUGUGAAUAGUCAAGACAAUGCAACCAUGAGAGAAGGUGUGCUAUCUUGGGGUCUCGUUCUUCAAUUUACUCUACAAUUAUUUCUUUGUUUCAGCAAGUGCCAUGGCGGGUCACUAGGUGAAAUAAGUGCACUAAUGGCUCCUCAUAUCUCCCCAAUCCCAAGUGAAAACCCCGAACCCUUUCUUCCCGUGUUGGGCCCUUCGCCAAUGAUGCCAUUGACGCCAUUGGCCAAUGGAAAUGUACCAGUAUUAUCAGGACUCUGUAAAUUAAACUUUUCAGCUGUGGAUACUUUACUUACCAUAACUGCAACUGACUGUUGGACUUCUUUUGCACCAUAUUUGGCCAAUGUAGUAUGUUGCCCUCAGUUUGAUGCUACCUUAGUGACUCUUAUUGGGCAGUCCAGUAAAGACUCUGGGAUGCUUGCAUUAAACUUAACUCAUUCAAAGCAGUGUCUCUCUGAUGUUGAGAAGAUUCUAACUAGUAGAGGAGCAAAUGUUAGGCUUCAAAAGAUAUGCUCAAUUCGAGCAGCAAACCUCACCGAAGCAUCUUGCCCAGUUAUCAGUACUGAUUCAUUUGAGAGCAUAGUAGACUCUUCAAGACUUCUUUUAGCUUGUAGAAAAAUUGAUCAUGUCAAUGAGUGUUGUGAACAAGUUUGCCAAAAUGCCAUAUCAGAUGCUGCUCAAAAAAUUGCCUUGAAUGGUAUGUCAAGUUUGAGCGGGGGUUCUGUAUCAGGAGAGCAAUUAUCCCAGAUUGAUGACUGCAAGAAUAUUGUCCUUCGAUGGCUGGCCAGUAAACUUGAUCCUCCUUCUGCUAAUAGUGUUCUUAGAGGACUCGCGAAUUGCAAAAUAAAUAAAGCUUGUCCAUUAGUACUUCCCAAUAUCACACAUGUUGUUCAAGAGUGUGGAGAAGUGAUACGAAACCAGACGACUUGCUGCAAAGCAAUGGAGAUUUAUGUAUCCAAGUUGCAAGAGCAAAGCUUUAUUACUAACGUACAAGCUUUGAAUUGCGCAGCAUUUCUUGGCAUGAAACUGCAGAAAGCUAAUGUGUCUAAGAAUAUUUAUAAUCUUUGUCAUAUAAACAUCAAAGAUUUUUCUCUUCAAGCAACAGUCGGAUCACAAGAGUAUGGCUGCCUUCUUCCAAGCUUGCCUUCAGAUGCCACAUACGAUAGAACUACAGGGGUCAGCUUCAUUUGCGAUCUUAAUGACAACAUUGCAGCUCCAUGGCCUUCUCCAUCUUCUGAAUAUGUUUCAACCUGUAAUAAAACAACCAAACUUCCAGCUGUUCCCAAGGCAACAUCAGCCCAGAAAGGUCUUCACAAUCAGAAGUGGAAAGUUCCAUUGUUCAUUACCAUCAUGUCAGUUAUAAAGAUGCUGUUAUUAUGAGUAUGGAGUAUGGAGUAUGGAGUUUGGUAUAAUACAAAAACAAGUUCGUUUUCUCAUUGUCUCAAUUCAAUCAUUUCUUAAUUGUAUGAUACGAUCAAGUUAGGAGAAUAAAAAAGGUUCAAGUAAGAAGUUGAUCACAAAAGAAUGGGAGUAGCAAGUGGUGUUGCCAAACUAGAUUACAAAUUCAAGUUAGUGGUGCUGAUGGAGGAGGAAUCAAAGCUAAUAUCUAUAAAAUAACCAAUGAAAUCAAGCCACGUGGUUGGUAAUUAAAUGAAGAUGCAUAUAUUAUCAUCAAUGAAAGAAUAGUUUUGGAUUCGAUUGUGGUAUUCGAACCAAACUUGUGUAAUUUAUUGAAUAAGAUAAGAGUAUUCAGGACCAUGCAUCA